CCUUCUUCUUGUGCUUCAUCUUCAUCGUCAUCUUCGUUCUCGGCCGUUUCGUACGGCGGAGAAACAAACGCACCCCACCACAUUUUCCCAAACCGUUGUCAUCUCAAUUCGAUUCGAUCUCCGUCAAUGGCGGACCAAAAUUCAAAUUCAAAUUCAGAUUCAGAUUCAAAUUCAGUCAUCUAUCUUCACGGCGAUCUCGAUCUCCAGAUUCUCGAAGCUCGAUUUUUACCUAACAUGGAUUUGAUGUCCGAGCGCUUCCGUCGCUGUUUCAGCGCCUUCGAUUCCUGCCGGAACCCUUUCUCCGGCGCCGCACGCAAGCUCCGCCGCCACCGCCCAAACAAAAUUAUCACCAGCGACCCUUACGUCACCGUCUGCCUCGCCGGCGCUACCGUGGCUCGAACUCGCGUUAUCUCCAACAACCAAGACCCUGUCUGGAACGAGAACUUCAAAAUCCCUCUCGCUCAUCCAAUCUCUCAGGUCGAGUUUCAAGUCAAGGACAAUGAUAUGUUCGGCGCAGAUUUGAUCGGAAUCACCACUGUUCCGGCGGAGAAAAUCAAGUCCGGCGAUCUCAUCGACGAUUGGUUUCCGAUCAUUGGAUCCAACGGUAAGCCUCCGAAGCCUGAUUGCGCUGUUCGUCUCGUGAUCAGAUUCAAACAAUGCGAUCACAAUCCUGUUUUCAAUCACGGAAUUGUAGCUGAUCCAGACUGUUUCGAUGUCAAACAGAGCUAUUUUCCGGUGAAGCAUGGAGGUUCGGUGACUCUGUAUCAGGACGCUCAUGUGCCUGAUGGUAUGCUUCCUGAGAUUGAAUUGGAUGAGAAAAUGGUGUUUAGGCAUGACAAGUGUUGGGAAGACAUAUGUCAUGCGAUUCUAGAGGCUCAUCACAUGGUGUAUGUUGUUGGAUGGUCAAUUUUUCAUAAGGUGAGGCUGGUUAGAGAGCCGAGCAAGCCAUUGCCGAGCGGUGGGAAUUUGACUCUCGGAGAUUUGCUCAAGUAUAAGUCGCAAGAAGGGGUUCGAGUUCUAUUGUUGGUUUGGGAUGACAAGACCUCUCAUAGCAAGUUUUUCAUAAAUACGCAAGGAGUGAUGCAAACUCAUGAUGAAGAAACUCGAAAGUUUUUCAAGCACUCUUCUGUCAGUUGUGUGCUCGCACCUCGAUAUGCAAGCAGUAAGCUCAGCAUUUUCAAGCAACAGGUUGUCGGAACUCUCUAUACACACCAUCAGAAAUGUGUGCUUGUAGAUUCCCAAGCAUAUGGAAAUAACCGGAAGGUAACUGCUUUUAUGGGAGGUCUGGACCUCUGUGAUGGUCGCUAUGACACGCCUGAGCAUCGACUAUUUCGUGAUCUUGACACUGUAUUUCAGGAUGAUUAUCAUAAUCCAACAUUUUCUGCAGGAACUCAGGGUCCGAGACAACCAUGGCACGAUUUGCAUUGUAGAAUUGACGGGCCUGCUGCGUAUGAUGUGCUCACAAACUUUGAGCAGAGGUGGAAAAAAGCCACCAAAUGGUCGGAGUUUGGACAACGUUUCAAAAGAAUAUCUCAUUGGCAUGAUGAUGCGUUAAUAAAGUUAGAACGCAUUUCAUGGAUACUUAGUCCCAACUCUUCCAUUCCGAAUGACGAUCCUGUAUUGUGGGUUUCCAAGGAAGACGAUCCUGAAAACUGGCAUGUUCAGGUUUUCCGAUCCAUAGAUUCAGGUUCUGUGAGAGGAUUUCCGAAAGAUGUUCAUUCAGCUGAGACUCAGAACCUAGUCUGUGCAAAAAAUCUAGUGAUUGACAUGAGCAUUCAAACAGCAUAUGUUCAGGCAAUAAGAUCUGCCCAGCACUUUAUAUAUAUCGAGAAUCAAUAUUUCCUUGGGUCCUCAUAUGCAUGGCCAUCUUACAAAGAAGCAGGUGCUGAUAAUCUGAUCCCAAUGGAGUUGGCACUAAAGAUUGUUAGCAAGAUAAGAGCAAAAGAGAGGUUUGCAGUUUAUGUUGUCAUUCCAAUGUGGCCUGAGGGUCUUCCAUCAUCUGCCUCUGUACAAGAAAUCUUAUUCUGGCAGGGACAAACUAUGCAAAUGAUGUAUGAAAUUAUUGCACAAGAGUUGAAAUCCAUGCAACUUGACAAUUCUCCAAAAGACUACCUUAAUUUCUAUUGUCUUGGUAAUCGUGAAGAAUGCCCACAAGAAGAUCCAAAUUCAAGCAAUCAGCCUUCCUCUAAUGGUGAUACGGUUUCAGCUUCACAAAAAUUCGGACGGUUUAUGAUUUAUGUACAUGCAAAGGGGAUGAUAGUAGAUGACCAGUAUGUGAUUUUGGGGUCUGCCAAUAUUAACCAACGAUCUAUGGCUGGUUCAAGGGACACUGAGAUAGCUAUGGGUGCAUAUCAACCACAUCACACUCGGGCUUGUAAGGAAAAUCCACGUGGCCAGGUAUAUGGAUACAGAAUGUCACUAUGGGCAGAGCACCUAGGAAAGCUAGACGAGUGCUUCAAGGAGCCUGAGAGUUUGGUUUGUGUGGAGAGCGUGAACAAAAUCGCUGAAGAGAACUGGAAGAAAUUCACCACCGAGGAAUUCACCCCAUUGCAGGGCCAUCUUCUAAAAUACCCGGUGGAAAUAGACACCAAUGGUAAGGUGGGCCCCUUGCCUGGACAAGAGAACUUCCCGGAUAUCGGGGGUAAGGUGCUUGGUGCUCGUACAACCACCCUCCCCGAUGCUUUAACUACAUAGGUUCUGCCAGUUUUCAUGCCUGCUGUUUACUGUAACUGUGUAGAAUAUUGCAUGAGCCAAGUAAGUGAUGGAUAACGGAUCUUUAAGACGGCAUUCUUCUCAAUUUGUAAAGUAAUUUUGUAAAAUGGAAUGCAUGUUGUACAGAGUGUUUGAAACUCAAGAGAGGGAGUGGGUGAGUGUGUGUGUGUGUGUUUGGUGUAAUUGGAUACCCCAAUGAGAAGAUCAUAAUAGGGUGUUCUAGAAGGUGGUGGAAAAUCACUUACAUAUGUAAUUGUGUGAAUGGACAAGUAUUUAGCUAUGUAAUUUCACAACAUACUUUUCAAUAUAUAUUUAGCUUUUUUCUUUCUU